AUGUUUUUCGCCAUCUUCUUUACGUUUUGGCGCUUCAUGCAGAUCAUCACAUUGAACACCCAAUCGCCUAAGCGCAACUAUCAUCCCCAACUAACCAAAGACGCCUUCCAACAGAUCCCCACGAUGGGCAUGCUCGCCUACUUCGUGAACGGGUACGUGCAGCUGAACCAGCUAACGCCGAACUACAUCCUCGUCCUCUUCAUCGUCUCCGUGAUCGCGCUCGCCUGGUCCAUCUACACGCUCUUCAGCUACCACCGGUCCUCCUCCAACGCGACCUUCGUCGCCGUCCUCGACCUGCUCUUCGUCGGCGCCUUCAUCGGCGCCGUGUACUCGCUGCGCAUGAUCGCCGCCGCCGACUGCACCUCCAUCUCGCGCGGCGACCCCUACGACGUCAGCUUCGGCCCCUUCGGCAGCGCCUCGCUCACCAACUGGGACGCGAAUGUCGACAAGACGUGCGCCAUGCUCAAGGCGUCGUUCGCGUUUGGCAUCAUGAACUGUGUGUUCUUCUUCAUGACGAGCAUACUGGCUUGUUUACAUGGCGACCGCCAUGGUGGAGGGGCGGAUCGCCCCGGCUAUUAUCGUGAGACGCACCAUCAUCGACAUGGUCACCGCAGCAGUCGCAGCCCGCACAGUAGUCGGCAUAGCACGCACUCGCAUCGGAGGGUGUAUGUCUAG